GCUGCCGCGCACUUGUGUGCGACGUUGUUGGUCCGUCGACUGGAAACACCUUCGUCAAACGGUCCAACGGUAUAAGUGUUGGUUUGAGAUAGGAAAUUUCAAUCUUUUCGUUGGCAAAAUGUCUGACGCUUUGCUGCAGUGGUGUGUGGACCAGUUACACCACAAGUUCGGGUUGGAGGCAUGUGAGGACAUCGUCAAAUACAUUCUAUCCAUUGAAAAAGCUGAAGAGAUUGAGGAGUAUGUGGGAGACCUCCUGCAGGGCACAGAUGGGAGAAAAAGGCAGUUUAUAGAUGAGCUCCUCAGCAGAUGGAAGAGGACUCAAAGACAGGCCGCAGAUACCUCUAAUCUCUUCCUUCUCACAGAAUCUGUUUCAUCAUCAGAUUCACAAGACCUGACCAAAGACACCCAGAAGAAGUCUAAACGUAAGGGCCGCAACAAACAGGAGGUGAUGACUGUGAGCCAAACUGAACCUGAGCCAGAGGCAGUCAAAACCCCCAUUGAUCUAAUGAGGGCCCAAGAAAACAGUGGUAUGUCUUCAACAAAGAAGAAGAGUAAAUUUGUGAAUCUCUAUGCCAAAGAGGGACAGGACAGGCUUUCUGUCUUAAUCCCUGGUAGACAUGCCUGUGAGUGCCUUGCUCAAAAGCACAAACUUAUUAACAACUGCAUCAGCUGUGGUCACAUCGUGUGUGAGCAGGAGGGCUCAGGACCCUGCCUCUUCUGUGGAAGCCUGGUCUGCACGAAAGAGGAGCAGGAGAUCCUGCAGCGAGACUCCAACAAAAGCCAGAAACUAAGAAAAAAGCUCAUGGGAGACUGUGGAGAAAGAGAUUAUCUCCCUCACCAAGAAGCCAAGAUGAAAGCUGGCUUGGAGAAGGCUGUCCAGCACAAGGACAAACUGCUGGAAUACGACAGGAAUAGUGUCAGGAGAACACAAGUCCUAGAUGAUGAGUCUGAUUACUUUGCCACUGACUCCAAUCAGUGGUUGUCACCCAGUGAGCGAGAAAAGCUGAGGAAGAAGGAAGAGGAGCUUAGAGAACUUCGCCAUGUCUCGCGCAAGGAUAGAAAGAUCACAUUGGACUUUGCUGGUAGACAAGUGAUUGAUGAAGAAAACAACCUCAAUGAGUACUACAGCAAGUUGGAUGAGACCCUCAAGGCUAUGAACAGUGACACUACAUCAAAGCCACCAACGAGUUCUGGAAGACAAGGUGCAAGACACGGUCUCAGAGAUUUGGUCAACCCCAACAUAAUGCAGUCUGCACCAGAGUGGGUGAAUGUUGGAGGCAGUGAAAACAAGAGAGACAGGAGAAACAAAGAGCAGGGGAAAAGUUUGUCAGAGGACAAGGGAGGAGAAGAACGUAACAGGCUGCGGCUCCAGGACAAAGAGCUGCAAGAGAUGUCUGACGGAGGUUGGUGCCUCAGCAUGCACCAGCCGUGGGCCUCACUGCUUGUCAAAGGCAUCAAGAGGGUAGAGGGACGGACUUGGUACACAUCACACCGAGGUCGCCUUUGGAUUGCUGCUGCAGCCAAGAAGCCCACCCCUCAGGAGAUUGCUGAGGUGGAAGCCAUGUACCGCCAGAUCUACAAGAAAGAGCCCAGGUUUCCUAAAGACUACCCCACUGGCUGUCUGUUGGGCUGUGUCAACAUGACUGACUGCCUCUCUCAGCAGCAGUUCAGAGAACAGUUCCCUGAUACCUGUGAGGAGUCCUCUUCCCCAUUCGUCUUCAUCUGCACCAACCCCCAGGAGCUGCUGGUGAAAUUCCCCAUGAAAGGGAAGCACAAGAUCUAACAUUUCUACUAUCCAUACCAAAAUCCUGCCAGCAGUAAUUUGAAGGAAGCUGGAGAGUCACUACCACCAGGGUGCCAAGAAGGGGCUGGUCCCAUCAGCUGCAGAGUGACGUCAGAGGAGAAGCUGAGGAGGAGGAAAAACAGCCUGAUCUCGAGGGAGCAUGACAAAUUAUGUUUUCUUAAAAAAACGGCCACAGUCUCCACUGGGUUGUCCCAACAUUUUAUCUGGAACUGUCAAUGCUGAAAGAUUGUCAUCGCUCUGUCUAUAUUUUUAAUCACUGGCAUUUGCAUUUUACUUCAGGAAUAUUGCUCUCACUUUGACACAUUUUUGCAUUCUUCUUUUUGCACUGUGCUUCUCUUAUUUGAAUUAAAUUUGGAUUUGUCCAAAUGAAACAAGGUUUCAUGUUGUUAAAUAAACAACAACAACUAUAAUUUACUGGUUUCUCAAAGCUCAAGAGAUAAACUAGAGGUUGUUUUAUUUUGUAUCAAUUCACCCAUCAGGUUUAGGAGACAACAGAAAAAAAUGCUUAAUUUCCAUUAAUUCCUGUUCUUCUCUCCUCCUCCUCCAGUCAUUACAGUUCUCACACCUGAGGCCACAUUUAGACCAACAGUAGUGAUGCAUUAAAAAAAAACAGCCUUCUCAUUAAUUUCUGCAUUUGCACAGCAGGGGUGGGUGACACAGAAAGCUACAGCAAAAAAAGUUGAUCCUGGAUCAACAGUGUAAUCCAACAUCACCCAGCAACACACUGUUUAGACUAAUCAAAUACAUGCAUGUGCACUUGUGCUGAUUCUGUUGUUUACCUCACAAGCAUUGAGCAGGAGGAGAAAAUUAUUGUUGUAUAAUCCUGCUUCAAAUGAGUAAAAAAACACCAAGUCCACACCAAGAAGUCCACAAGUUCUCAGACUUGUGGACUUCUUGUGUGGCAUUUUGUCUGCUCUGCUGUACCUGUAGAAACACGUGCAUGCUAAGGAAAACCCUUGGGGUUUUUUGGAUGCCGGAGUGUUUUCAGUCUAAACAGUAUGGGUUAUCCAAACUCUGUCCCUGCUGAGCACCACCAGUCUGACACUGCACAAGUUUGAUAGUGAAGCCGAACACCGGCUUCUUUAAAGACUUCAAUUGUGAUUGAUUUAGUGACACCUGUGGUCACUGGUGGUAAUGUCUUAUGGUCUCUCAGAACUAGUUCAUUGUUUUUCCAAGCAGCCACAAUGGAGGGCGGAGUGAAAACCACCCAUCACCAGGAAAUGGUUGGGUGGAUGGCGGUUGUACAAAAUGCACAACUAUGACACCAGAGACCAAAAAAAGUAUUUUGGUUAAGGAUAUGGAAAGGUCAUGGUUUUGGUUAAAUGUAAAUAAACAUGUGUCUGAAUUCACUGUGAACUUUUUCUGUAUAACCCAGACCACAAUUUUUCCCUAACCUUAACCAAGUGCUGUGAGUGCCUCAACGUAACCAUACAACAGUUUAAUAAUGCUUUAGUCACUACCUGUGGAUAUUAUACUGCAAGAUCAGAAGACUACAUUUCAUCGAGUUCAUCAACACACUGAUUAUUCAAACUACUUUACAGAGAAGUUACCAGUCAUAAGAAGUAUUGUUUUCUACAUGGAGAAAAUCUUAAGGACUUGAACUUUAUAUGGAUUGUUGUUUGCUAUGUUGAGGCUCACUAUAAUGGCAAGUUAUGGGCAACACUAAAUCUUAAUUAUAUAUUAUAUAUUAUCAUCAACUCUCAGUCCCCUCCGCUGUUAAUUCCACUCUUGCUAAUCACAAAGAUGCUUCAGCAUGAUUGUUUGGCAUAAGUGUUGUAUUAAGUUGCCGCAUUAAGAUAAGAGAUCCUGCAGGAUUACUUCAGAUUUUUCGCUCUGUUGACUUUGUUGAAUCUCCAAUAUAAAAACAUUGCAGCAGCCUUUUUUUUUUUUUUUUUUUGGAGCCUUUAAAACUGAACAAUAAAACCGUGGUGUUUUGUUAAUUGCCGUGACCAGGUAUUUCCUCAUGAGCCAUGGUUGUAGAAUUACUCUUUUAAGACAUCGGUUACACCUGUGUCAUAAAAGGGUCAUCAGAUUGAGGGCGGACUAUUUCAUCAUGCCGGCAUCUUUACUUCCUUUAACAACAAACAAAGAUGCCAAACCUUUAGUAAGACUGAAGUCAGUUCAGGAGCCCUAACAUGCACAGACUGCUACCUCUACAGUAAUUUGUUUUUCCUUCUGGAAGGUCUUCUGUGCUUAUAUUCAAGUGCGCACAAGGUUUUUGACAUUUUUAUUAUUAAGCCUUCUCCCUGCUUCAAGUGUUGUUGUGACAAGCUCUGAUUGACAUUCUGCCAGUGUAAUGUAAUUUUGUGUUUCAACAUUUUACCUGCUCUUG